UGAGGCAGAGCCAGUGGUCCCAGAUUUAGAGCACCCGGCCCUGGGACUCUGGUCCCCUCUUGUUGGCUCCUGCUGUGCCAGCAGUCAGCUGGGUUGCCGGAUUCCUCAGCAUGUUGUCGGUAAUUCGUGGUUGUAGCUCCAAAUUUCAAGUUGGGCUCUUCUUCCCUCCUACAGAGCCCCUACUUGCCCCUCCACAGACCUGGUGGGGGGCCAGGUGAUGGCCGAGGAGCGUUUCUCGUAGCACAACCACCCCUGCCUUUCCUGCUGCAGCAGCAGCGGAAGCAGCGCCCUGAGAGCGUUGCAGUGCCUGGCUCCAGGGCCUGCCUGGCUUUGGGACCCACCUGGUUCCUGGGAUCCUCAGGGCCAGUGCACCCCCUCGCCCAGCCUUGUGGCUCACUCCUUCUGUGCUGGGCCUCCUGCACAGCCCUCCAGCCUCCAGUCUGCUGCAGCCCCUGGAGCCGUGGGCAGCCAGUGUGAGCCACGAAGGCUGUUUGGGCAGCGGGUGCCCUGUGAGCGUGGUCGUCUUGAUCCAUGCCUGCCUGACCCAUGGUCUUGGCUCUCCCUCCUGGGAGGUGUUUGCAGAGCCCUGGGUUGGGCUCCAGCUGAUACCAGGAUGGUAGUGCUGGGCAGGGCUGCCUGGCAGGACGACUGGCUGCACAGCUGCUGAUCCCAGGAUCUCCCCACAAGGACCCAGGUGUUUGCUGAGUGUUAUUUCCCUUUGUCCCUCUUGCAUCUCCCUGCAGUCUGCUACCAGGCCAAGUGUGUCUGUGCACCAGGUUCUGGGCUGACCAGGCCAAGAGGCACUGGUGUGGUGCUGGAAAUGACUCUGUGUCUGUCUGGUGUAGUUGGGUUUGCAGCCUUUGCCCUGAAAGUGGCUUGUGGGGCUGAGCUGGGGACACAGCACACACCCUUGGAGUGGGGCAGGGUAGUGGCCAGGCUGGGGAGCACCUGCUUGGAGCAGGGGUGUGCUUGUGCCGUUCCUCACAUGGGAGCCUUCGUUUGUAUACCUGAGGUCCAGAAGCAAGCUGACAGUUUAGGAAGUGGUGAGCAAAAGGCCACAAGGCUGGCAUAUGUUCUAGAAAGGCCUGACCUGGAGCAGGAGGCACAAGAGCUGCGCGUGGCCUCUCUGCACAGAGCUGGAGAUGCUCAGCUGUGAUUUCUGGUCAUCUGCGUGGAGAGUGUGAUUUUGUGUCAUGUUGCUGCCCAGAAGGUAAGCAGCGUCCAGUAGCUUGGGAACUGGGUCCAGACAUCGUUUGGAGUUCAAAACAGAAUUUUUUCCUUUUGAAGAUGAGGAAAAGUGCAGUCAAAUGGAGCCCUAAAGGGCUCUAGCAGGUCAGGUGGCCCUUGACUUCCCAAUCUCAGGCUGGAGUCCUGCUGCACUGGAUGCUCUAGCUGAGUGGGAGCUGCUGGUGUCUGCUCAAAGGACGUGAGGUUUUAACAGUCCCCUUUCUAUUUAGGAGCCAAACAUGAGGGCUGGAAGGCCCUUUUUGGACCUUGUCUCUUGUUGAGAAGCUCGUGUGUCUGGGUUUUAAACUGAAACUCUGGGAGCUUGCCUUCUGCAAGAUGUACCCUCUGCUGCAGCCCCCUCCCACGCAGCCCUGAGGAACAGCUCAGUAGCACUGAGGGUUUGUGUUCCCCCAGGCCCUUUGGGGGCCUUGCUGCUGGGACAUGGUCGCUGACGGUCUGUCUUUCAGUUCUGCAUGUGCUAAAAUAGAAGUGUUUACUUCCUCUCUGGGGUCCCCCCUCUGCCUGUGCAGGGCAGGACACAGACCCCUGUGCUACUGGGUCAUCAGCCCCUGUCCCACCCCUCCCUGUGACUGGGCCGUGUGGUGCUUUGGGGGCAGCUCUGUGGGUAAUGCUGCUGAGAGGAGCUUCUGUCCUUCGUCCUGUCAACCCAGAGCCCAGCUGGGGCCAGGGUCCUGCUUGAGGAAGCCCUCUCUGUGCUGCCUGGCCCUGUUUGUCCAUGUUCAUGUUGGCUCAGGGGGCCCUGGGGUCUGUCGCCAGCUCUGGACAGGCUGGGAAUGGGUGAAGGAAAGCCAGGAUGUGUGGGGCUGGGGAGGGCAGUGGGGCUCAGGCCUUGAAGGGCUGCAGGUAGUGGCUGCCAAGGGGCCCAGAGGCUGAUGUGGGAAGAGGAAGCUGGGGCUGAUCUGCUCUCCUUUGUCAGGGAAGCGGCUCCAGCGAUGCUGGCAUGGUGGCACAGCAUGGCAGAGAGGGCAGCGAGGAGGUGCCGGCCCUGGAGAUGGCCGUGAACUCCAUCUACUACUCGAGAGACGAAGUGAACGCCUUCUGGGUGACAGUGCAGCGCACCGAGGCCGCAGAGCGGUGUGAGCUGCGCGGCACCUACGUGCUCAAGGCUGAGCGGGACAGCCUCGUCCUGAAGGCCCCGCGGACAAACGAGAUCCUCUACGUCUGGCCCUACCGGCUGCUCCGGAGAUACGGCCGGGACAAGGUGAUGUUCUCCUUCGAAGCUGGCAGGCGCUGUGACUCAGGACCUGGAAAUUUCACCUUUGAGACCACGCAGGGCAAUGAGAUCUUCCGCCUUGUGGAAGCCUCCAUCCAGGAGCAGAAAGCACAAGUGGAGGAGAACCGGCAAAGCUGCGACUCUCUGGAUGCAGACAGCCCCAGCGUGGUGCAGAUCCGCCAGGCCCUGGCUGAUUCCCUGAGCCUGGAGCUGCCCGCUGAGGGGAGCGAUACCCCGGCACCCAAAGCGGGGAUGGCGCCCAGGGCCAAGGCCAAGGGCCCCAGGCCAGUCCCUGCCCCCAAGCCCCAGGCACCCUUUGUCUCCAAAGGUGUGGAGAGGAUCGAGGACCCCGGGAGGUGGUGGGGAAGUGCUGCUGCUGAGAAGGAGGUCACCAAACCUAGCCUCAACAGCAGCAACAACAACAAUGUGGAGGUGCUGUACAGCCAGGUGGUGAAGCCCCAGCACCUGCAGAAGAAGGAGCAGUCUGUGGAUGAGUGCAGCUUGUCGCCUGUCUAUGAGGACUUAGGAGAGAUAUAGGGUGCUGCUGCUCUGUAUCUGCCUGGAGGGGACUUGGUGUCCCAGUGCCAGCUGUGCUCCUCCAUGGGUCUGGGGUGGGGCUUAGGGGUGGGGACUGUUUGGGCUCGGGCAGAGCCCCUCUUGCUCACCAGCACUGAGAGGCUGCCUUUCCCUGGAGUGAAACAGCAAGAGCAAGAGAGCUGUGGCUGGCACAGGUGCCAGGGUGCUUCUCCUGCUCUGGAGCUGGCUCUGCUGCUGCCUCCUGAUCGCAGGAAGCCUGACUGUGUUGUCCUGUAGCUGUUGCUCUGGUUCUGCUCUGGCUUCCCCUCUGACCAGGCUGCAGGGCUCGGAUGCCCAUUGUGGUGCAUGGAAGACUGCUUGCCAUCAGUCUUCAAAAGUAUUUUUAUAUGAAAUUAUUUUAAUAUUAAAGUCUGUAUGUCU